ACUUAUGACCAUUGAGUUACUCAAUGUCAUGACCAACGCCAAACCUCCCAACUUAUUGUUAGCCUCCGAGAUACCUAGUAGCCCUUCUCUACAACUGGCCACGGAACCGUAGUCCAUGUAUAAAAAAAUAAUACCAGAACCUAUUGCUGAAAUUCGUUGGCAUGAUUCUAAGAGACACUCCGCCGUCAUCACCACAAAUGGAAGACGAAAUUGACGAAGAUGAAAUGGUAUACAUUGGUGAUGCCGAUGAGGUUCUAGAAGUCUUCGAGAAUGAUGACGAAGACUCUGAAAAUGAGGAGGGAAAAGAUUCACCUGUAAAAGAUGAAGCAGUCUGUGUCUUCAGUAAACACGAAGGAUCAGUUUUCUGCGGGUCGCUCAACAAGGAUGGAACUCUGGCUGCAACAGGUGGAGAGGAUGACAAAGCAUUUGUGUGGGAAGUGGACUCAGGUCAAAUUGUUCUAGAAUGCAUGGGUCACUCUGACAGUGUAACAUUUGUUGAGUUUAGUCAAGAUAGUACUUAUUUGGCAACUGGUGACAUGGGUGGACUAAUAAAAGUCUGGAAAAUGAGUAACAAACUACUUGUAUGGGAAUACAGCAUCGGAGAUAUGACUUGGAUGCGUUGGCACUCCGUGGCUAAUGUUCUCUUUGGAGGAGCAGCGAGUGGAGAAAUUUACAUGUGGAAAAUUCCUAGCGGAGAAUGCAAAAUAUUUCAAAGUUAUGGUCAAAGAGUUGAGCAAGCUGUUCUAAUGCCCGAUGGCAAACGUAUCGCAGUCGGUUAUGAUGAUGGGUAUUUGAGGUUAUUCGAUUUGAAAUCCGGAACUUUAUCAACAACAAUUGCACCAGAUUUUGGCCACACUUCUACUGUCACUGCUCUAGACGCUGAUAACAAUUUACUGAUAUCAGGCGCUAUGGACGGUAAAACGAUUUUUUCUACAUCAGGGUCAGGCAAGAUUAUCGGAGUCCUUCAGGAACUGAAAGAUGCGAAUAUAGCCACAGAAGUGGAGUCCUCAACUAAUGUCGAAGCACACGAUACUGCCAAACCAAUGGGGAAUUGGGUAGAAACCAUCGCAUUUUGCAAAAAUUCCGAAUACCAGGUAGCCGCUACAGGGACAGUCAAUGGACAAAUUUUUAUUUGGGAUACAUCAAAACAGGUACUACGACACGCCAUUGAUCAGGAUAGUGGAAUUAGCAAAUUGGUGUGGUGCCAAAAUACGUCAAUUUUCUAUACCUCCGGCUUAGACGGAGUGAUUAGAUCGUUCGAUGCUAAAUUAGGAAAACAAUUGGGCUCUUUGAUGGGACAUUCCGCCGAUAUUCUGGACCUUUGUAUCUCUAGAGACGGCACGAAAAUUUUGAGCACAUCAGAUGAUUCCACAGCGAGGAUAUUCAAGAUCAUUGUACCAUCGAGCCGGUAAACCCUAUAAUUUGUAGAGCAAACUCCUGUGUAACAGAGGUAUGACCUGUACAAUGUUGUAGUGCCAUUUAAUUUCUCAUUCCCUUACGCCGUUUUGGAUAACGAAUAAUUUGUGUAAAUAAAUACAAAUGAAACCGA